AAAGACCACGGUGGUCCUUCACCCACCCGAUAUCUGCCCUCUAUCCACACGACCACAAACCGGAAGCUGUUUUUAAAAGACAAGGACCGCAGAUCAAACUCGGCCCAAUUUGUGUUGUGUUCUUCAAGGUUCGAGCGGCGCGAGCGAGCUAGCGAGAAAGAGAGAACGCGCGUGCGCGAGAGAGCAGAGAGGGAGGGAGGAGAGAGAGAACGCGAGAGCGUGGUCAGGUCUAGGGUUUUGGAAAAAUCCCAGAGAUUGAUUGCACAAGGGAGCGAGUGUGAGAGAUUUAUUAGAGAGAGAGUGCUUAGAAGAACAAAAGCUUUCUCUUUUUUCAAUUUUAGGGUUUCUCUCCCCCUUUUGGGCUGCCUUCUCCAAUUGACUCAUGGACCGCAAGCUCGUGGUUUUGGGCAUUCCGUGGGAUAUUGAUACGGAAGGGUUGAGAGAGUAUAUGAGCAAAUUUGGUGAAUUGGAAGAUUGUAUUGUCAUGAAGGACCGGUCAACUGGUCGGUCUCGCGGGUUUGGAUAUGCAACAUUUGCAUCAGCUGAAGAUGCUAAGAAUGCAGCAUCAAGUGAGCACUUUCUUGGGAAUAGAAUGCUGGAAGUUAAAAUAGCUACGCCAAAGGAGGAGAUGAGAGCACCUGCAAGAAAAGUUACCAGGAUAUUUGUUGCAAGGAUCCCACAAGUUGUGACAGAAGCCACCUUCCGAAGUCAUUUUGAGAAAUAUGGUGAUAUAACAGAUUUAUACAUGCCGAAGGAUCAAGGCUCAAAAAUGCACCGUGGAAUUGGGUUUAUAACAUUUGAAAAUGCAGAUUCCGUGGAAAAUUUGAUGGCUGAUACUCAUGAGUUAGGCGGUUCCACUGUAGUUGUUGAUCGAGCAACUCCCAAGGAAGAUGACUUCAGACCAGUUGGCAGAAUGGCACAGGGUGGAUAUGGUGCAUAUAAUGCUUACAUCUCAGCAGCAACUAGAUAUGCGGCACUUGGUGCUCCUACCUUGUAUGACCAUCCUGGACCAGUACCAGGACCUGCUUUUCCAAGAGGGGAAUCUGCUCGAGGACUGGGCAAAAAGAUUUUUGUUGGUAGGCUUCCUCAGGAAGCAACCGCGGAAGAUCUCCGCCAGUAUUUUGGGAGAUUUGGUCGUAUAGCAGAUGUCUAUGUUCCAAGGGACCCAAAAAGAACUGGACAUAGAGGGUUUGGUUUUGUAACUUUUGGGGAAGAUGGUGUAUCCGAACGUGUAUCACGAAGGUCGCAUGAGAUUUGUGGACAGCAGGUUGCAAUAGAUACAGCCACACCGCUUGAUGAAGCUGGUACCAGUGGAAAUUUUGUGAUGAAUAAUGUAGAGCCCUUUGGUGGCGGCUAUGGUGGUCCUGUGCGCAGCUAUGGCAGGAUGUAUGGAAGUCUAGAUUUUGAUGAUUGGGGUUAUGGAAUCGGCAGUGCGAGACCAUCAAGAGCAGAUUGGAGGUACAGGCCAUACUAGAUGUGCAGCUCUGGAAAUUUGGCACCAGAUCUUAGGAAUGUCAACAAAAUGCCAUGCAGGCUUUGUUAAGUGAAUUUAUAUAAGAUUAAGGAUCACAUCCUUAGCAGACGUCCCCAAUAAUGAUCGUUUGUCAACUUCUGAACUUAUUAUAGUUGGUUUCCCCUUUCAAACAGAUCCAUACGUUAUUAUCCAGUGAAAAUAUAGGUGGAUAGGAAUGUCUGAAUCUGUAAUAUUAGCCAGCCGGUGAAUUCAGGGAUCAGGACCAUGGUUCCUUUGUGUAGAAAUCGCUAUUUUAUUAAGUUAUUAGAUGGAUUAUUUAUGGCUUCUUGCAAA